AUGAACAAACUACCCUACUAUUUUCCCAAUCAAAACCAGUACAUCGCAGCAUUAGCAGCAUCAUAUGGCGUACUUGCGAUCGGCAUGGUGUUCGGUUGGUCCGCACCGGCAGGACCUCGGAUAUUGGAAGAUGGUGAAGGAAACUUCGAAAUGAGCGAUGACCAAUUUUCGUGGACUAUUGCCUUCAUGCCUGUCGGUGGUGCCAUAGCUGCCAUACCGUGUGGGAUAAUGAUGAGGUCAGAAGGACGCAAAAACACCAUUCUGUUCUUCGUUUUACCACUGCUGUUGGGGUGGGUAUUGAUGACCUGGUCUCAAGCAGUGGCGAUGAUGUAUCUUGGCAGAUUGCUGCAGGGAUUUGCAGCAGGCGCUUACUCUAUGUCCGUGCCGAUCUACAUCGGUGAAAUAGCGGACCAACGCAUCCGUGGCACUGUGGGGAGUUUUUUCCAGCUCAUGCUAAACCUUGGAAUGCUGAUGUCCUUCAGCAUUUCGGUUGGUGUGAAUGUGUUCCAACUGAACAUUAUAUCCGGUUUCAUUGUGCUGCUGUUUGGACCCAUAUUUAUGCUAAUGCCCGAAACCCCGUCCUGGCUGCUCAAACGAGGACAUAAGACCAAAGCUAUAGAAACGCUCAAGUGGUUGCGUGGCCCAAAAUGUGAUGCUUGUACAGAAAUAGAACAGCUUCAAUUGGAGCAAGAUGCAUUGUUAAAUCAACCCAAGAAGUCACUUAAACAAUCAUUACUAACGCCAGAAACUUUGAGCGCACUGGUUGCCAUGAUUGGGCUCGUCACCUUUCUGCAAAUGUCCGGCAUCAAUGCGGUGUUGUUUUACGCCACAGACAUUUUCAUGAAUGCCUCGGAUUCGUUGAACCAUGAUGUGGCUACGAUCAUCGUUGGUGUGAUGCAGGUGUUUGGCACACUGCUUGCCGCCUUCACAGUCGAUCGCAUUGGACGUCGGUGGUUGUUGAUGUUGUCUGCGGCCAUAAUGUGCGCCUCGCACGUCGUCCUAGGAGUGUAUUUUCAGCUGUUGCAAAAUAAUCCAGCACAAGUGGAAAACCUCGAAUGGCUGCCGGUUCUUGCGUUGUCCGUUUUCGUAACAAUGUUUUCGAUCGGUUUCGGACCGGUACCGUGGAUUAUGAUUGGCGAAGUGUUUGCGAUUGAUGUGAAGGACCUGGCUAGCUCGUUGGCAACAUUCACCAGCUACGCACUGUCCUUUAUGAUGUCGAAAACGUUUAAUCCGCUUCGGAACGGGCUAGGAGAGGCGGGAACGUUCUGGUUGUUUGCUGGAUUCUGUUUGCUUGGUGCGAUUUUCGUCUUCCUAUUCGUGCCAGAAACAAAGGGUAAAACAUUCGAACAGAUACAAACACGAUUGGCAAGCUCUAAAGUAUAUUACAGGGCGGAAAAAUAA